AUGGUGGCCGAAUACUUGACCCUUCGCAAUCUCACCUCCACGCCAAUUACUCUGAAGCGCAUUGAGCGCUUUCAUCCGCAUCAUGAUCAUAAUAUCCAACAUUUAGCUAGAAACUUCACCCGAGUCUUCACCAAUGUAACCCGCACCAGAGCGCCGGUCGCCGCGAUCACAGAUGACAACGAACCCUUUGUUCAUGAGGAUUUGGAUAUUCGUGUCGAACCUUUCCAGACAAUUCACACCGAGCUUCGUACAUUUAUCGACUCGGAUAAAGAGCGCGUGCGCUGGUCCUUCGAAGUGGAAGGAGAGAGACAUCAAGUCCAGACUCCCGUGCCCACGUCGGAGUCCGCCACAGUGAAGGCAUUGUGCGACGAGCCUCGAUUCAAACUCACUGGUAUUUAUGUGACACCCGAGUCCCAUCUAUCAAUCUACUCCUCCGCCAACCUGAAUGCGUGGAUGGGCGAGCUGAAGGACGACACCUUGCUCUCCUCUCUCUCGAUCCCAGGCACCCACAACUCCCCCACCUGCCAUGUUGCGCCGCCAUCCGUUCGCUGCCAAGCAGUCAGCCCGCGAGAACAGCUCGAAAACGGCGUGCGAUUCUUUGACAUCCGUGUCCAACCCCAAUAUCCAGAAGAUGCUGAAAAGGAUGAGCUAGUUUUGGUGCACAGCGUCUUCCCCGUCUCUUUAACGGGAAACAAAUACUUCCGUGACUUGAUGCGUGAAGUAAACGAAUUCCUCAACCAGAAUCCGUCGGAGACCCUAAUCAUCUCCCUCAAACGAGAGGGGCCUGGCGAGCACACUGAUCAGCAGCUCAGCCGAAUUCUGAGCGAGCACUACGCACACCCAGACAGUCGGUGGUAUACCAAACCCAAGAUCCCCACUCUCGGUGAAGUGCGCGGUAAGGUCGUUCUUAUCCGUCGGUUCGACAUCUUGGAUCAUCUCAAGGAAAUACACGGAGGCGCAGGCUGGGGAAUCUGUGCCUCGGGAUUCUACGAAGUCCUAGAGACCGAGAAUAUUGGAGAAAAGAUUCAGUACGUGCAAGAGCAUUGUUUCCGAGCCGCUGAGACCUGUUACCCGUUCGGCGUGCUUCCGGACCCCGAAGCAACCAAGGCGCAUCCAUUCUAUAUUAACUUCCUGAGUGCAAGCAAUUUCUGGAAACUUGGUACUUGGCCAGAGAAGAUUGCAGGUAAGCUGAACCCGGCGGUAGUUGAUUAUCUCUGCCGAAAGCACGGUGAAAAGGAUGAAUGUGACUGGUCCACUGGUAUCCUUGUCACGGAUUGGGUUGGCUUGGAUGGUGACUGGGAUCUUGUGCGAUGCAUCGUGGGCAUGAAUGCUCGGCUGAAACUGAGGCAAGACAGACAUGAAGAGGGCAACUAG